CUCACUAAACACCAUGUCCGCAAAGUCCCAGAUCCUCUCCAAGAACGACAACGACGUCGUCAUCGUCACCGCCGUCCGCUCGGCCAUGACCAAGAGCAAGAAAGGCGGCUUCAAAGACACCCGCCCCGAGGAGCUCCUCUCCGGCGUUUUCAAGGCCGCCAUCGCCAAGGCCAAGAUCAACCCCGCUCUCAUCGAGGACAUCACCGUCGGCAACGUCCUCCCCCCCGGCGGCGGCGCCAACACUGCCCGCAUGGCCGCUCUCGCAGCCGGCAUCCCCAACACCACCUCCAUCAGCACCGUCAACCGCCAGUGCUCGUCCGGUCUUGCCGCUGUCAACGGCAUCGCGAACCAGAUCAUUGCAGGGCAGAUUGACAUUGGCAUUGGCGCAGGCGUCGAGUCCAUGACCUUCGGCUGGGGCGCCACCUCCCUCCCCGACGGCUACUCCGACGCCGUCCUCGCCAACAAGGAGUCCGAGGACUGCCUCAUCCCCAUGGGCAUCACCUCCGAGAACGUCGCCAAGGACUACGGCAUCUCGCGCCAGCGCCAGGACGAGUUCUCCGCCAAGUCCUUCCAGAAGGCGGCCGACGCGCAGAAAGCGGGACGCUUCCGCGACGAGAUUGUGCCCCUCAAGGUGAAGGUCGUUGACCCGAAGACAGAGAAGGAGGUCGAGGUGACUGUCGAUAGGGAUGAUGGUGUCCGGGAGGGGGUUACGGCUGAGAGCUUGGGGAAGCUGAAGCCGGCGUUUGCAAAGGACGGGUCGACUCACGCUGGCAACGCCUCGCAGGUCUCGGACGGCGCCGCCGUCGUCAUCCUCGCCCGCCGCUCGACCGCCAAACGCCUCGGCCUGCCCAUCGUCGGCAAAUUCGUUGCCGCGACCGCCGUCGGCGUGCCCCCGCGCAUCAUGGGCGUCGGCCCCGCCUACGCGAUCCCCAAGCUGCUCGAGAAGAUCCACGUGUCCAAGGACGAGGUCGACUUCUACGAGAUCAACGAGGCGUUCGCGUCGCAGGCUAUCUUCAGCGUCGACAAGAUCGGUAUUCCGUUCGAGAAGGUUAACUUGAACGGGGGUGCGAUUGCCAUUGGGCAUCCUCUUGGCUGCACUGGCGCACGUCAAGUCGCGACGGGUCUCAACAUCGCACGGCAACGGAACGAGCGCCUGUUCGUGACGAGCAUGUGUAUCGGCUCAGGCAUGGGCAUGGCCGCUGCGUUCGUUAGCGAGCACUAAACAAAACCGCGACUGCGCGGGUCUGUGGCUAGCUAGAGCGCUUGUCGUUGUCGAUAUGUGUAUCACGCACGAUGUAUAGUAAUUUAUGUGUUUCGAGUCAUCAUAAUAUGCCAUUGGUUUCG